AUGGGACCCAACAACCUUGAGCUCAAGCUAGUUCCCUCGACACAAUGGAUAGCAGAAAGCUUCUCACCUCUUCACGAGGUCAUUUUCAUCGCUAUUGUUUGCAUGGGCCAGUUCAUGACGCAGACGAAUGUUGGAAUAUGUCUCUCUCCUCUGGACAUCGUUGGCGAAAGCUUUGAUGUCAAAGAUCCCGGCAUUCUGAGUUGGUGUCUGGCUGGGUAUUCUUUAACUGUUGGCACUUUCAUCUUGGUAUCAGGCCGCUGCGGUGAUCUGUUUGGCUAUCGUCGAAUGUUCCUCAUCGGAUUUAUCUGGCUUGGUCUCUGGUCCCUGAUAGCUGGAUUUAGCUACUACUCGAACUAUACCAUGUUCAUCUCUGCCCGUGUUCUCCAAGGCAUCGGCGGUGCUAUGUUGCUACCAAACGGAAUUGCCUUGCUUGGGGCGGCGUACCCACCCAGCAAAAAGAAGAAUAUGAUAUUUGCCAUCUUCGGCGCUGUGGCACCGAAUUGCGUCGUUUUGGGUGCGACCUUUGCCGGGAUUUUCUCUCAGCUGGCAUGGUGGCCGUGGACCUACUGGACAGAGGCCAUUGUCUCCGUGGUGUGUGCUAUCUUGGGCUUUCUCGUGAUUCCGUCCAUUCAUGACGAACCUUCCCAUGGCACAACAAUCCUUGAUCUAGCCAAGGCGCUGGAUGUCCUCGGUGCAGUCUGUGGAAUUGGCGGCCUCAUCCUUGUAAAUAUCGCCUGGAACCAGGCCCCGGUUGUGGGAUGGAAUUCUCCCUACGUCUAUGUACUACUUAUCAUUGGGAUCCUCCUGAUUGCCGCCUUCUUCCUGGUUGAACUCCGCUUUGCAGAGUACCCUCUUAUCCCUUUCCACGCACUCAGCUCGGAUGUUUCUUUCGUGCUCGGCUGCAUUGCCUGUGGUUGGGGCUCAUUUGGAAUCUGGAUUUAUUACUUCUGGAGAUUCGCCGAGCAAUUUCGCCAGGCAACGCCCUUGCUGGCUUCAGCCGAGUUCAUUCCCGCAGGCCCAAUGGGAAUUAUUGCAUGCUGUGUCACAGGCUACUUGAUGGGUCGCAUGCAACCCGGGUGGAUUAUGGCUCUGUCUAUGACGGCAUUCACGCUGGGAAGUGUCCUUGCAGCUAUUGCACCAGCUCAGCAGACUUAUUGGGCGCUGACUUUUGUGUGUCUUCUGGUUAUUCCAUGGGGUAUGGAUAUGUCCUUCCCUGCAGCUACCUUGAUGUUAUCGAACGCGGUGGAGAAGAAGCAUCAGGGUAUUGCUGCCUCGCUGGUGACUACCGUUGUCAACUACAGUAUCUCGCUGAGCUUGGGCUUUGCGGGUACUGUCGAGGUGUAUGUCAAUAAUGGAGGGAAUACCCCCAGCGAUGUUCUCAAGGGAUACCGAGGUGCAAUGUACCUGGGCAUCGGGCUCGGUGGAUUGGGUAUGGCUCUCAGUGCUGUCUACGUGGCCAAGGUCUACCACACAGAGAAGAGGUUAAAACCUGCGGUCGAGGAAGAAGCCGGAGAAUAA